AUGUCUCAUUUUAAUCAGAAAUGCGCGGGCUACAAUCGUGCAUCAUUAAGAAAAGGUUUUGGUUAUAUUUUAGAAUUUCGGAAAAAGGACGAUGCUCAAGAUGGUAUUUCAUCAGAUCUUUUGCCAACAUGCUGUUCACUCCCACUGUUGACGACAGAUGUGGUUCAUACAAUAAUAUUAGAAGACGAUGAUAAUAUUGUUUCAAUGCAAGAUGAUAAUGAUACACUUUUCAUAGAGGAACAAGACGAUGCUGAAGAAGAUAAUGACAUAAUGAUUGUAGAAACCAAAUGUGCUGAUGCAGAGGAUGAUGACGUUGUAUUCAUUGAAUGGAAGUGUGCUAGCGGCGACGAUGAUGAUAUCAUUUUUCUGGAAUACAAACCAGCAUCUAAAAUUGCAGACAUUUGA